CAUUUCAUACUACCCCCCCCCCUCCACGCUCCCCCAAAACACAGCAUGAUUUUUGCUAACACAAGUGAAGGGGAGUGAAGGGGCUUGGGGGCGUGGCUAUAAAAUGACUGACAGGAGGCCCAUCUAAACUAUUCCGGUCCGUAAUGAAGUGUAUUUGAAGUUUUUCACUUGAAUUGUCUUGGUUGCUAUAUCCAAUUAACCUCCCCACCCCCUCCCCUCCCCUUUGUAAAGAAGGCCAGUGAAAUAGUAAUAGUAAAUAGCAACACUGCUAAUUCCAUGUCCAGUUUCAUUCGUUCAUGAAUAAUAAAAUACUCCAUCUGGAACAGCACUGCCAGUGUUUAUCCUGGUGUUAUCACAUUUCGUGGGGUUUUUUCCCCCCAAAAAACACAGCAUGAGCAAGUGAAGGGCAGUGAAGGGGUUUGGGGCGUGGCUAUAAAAUGACUGACAGGAGGCCCAUCUUAAACAUUUCCGGUUUGUAAAACUGGUGCUGAGGCCAUGGUUUAAACAAUGACCAUGUUAUCAUUUUCUGUAUUUUGUUAUUCUUCAGAUUUUUUUUUACAGAAAUAAGAAUAGUAAAGAAGUCGUGUAUUGCACCUUUAAAAAGAGUGAGCCCAGCAUUUUGUAAAAAAACAAAAACAAAACAAAAACAAACAAAAAACCCCAAAACCACUUCCUAUACUGAAAUGUGCAAGUCUGACUCUAUGAAAGGACAAAAUCACCAUUUCCAUACUCUUAAUUUUCAUGUCAAAUAAGCUAGGCUCCAUUGUACUGCGGUGGUCAAAGUCAUUUGACUCUUUAUCUGGAUCGUAAUCUGUACAUCAAAUGCAAAACAUCCUGCGCGCGCGCGUGUGGUUGUGUGUAUGUUCGUGUGUGUGUGUGUGUGCAGCGCGCGAGGCACCAGAACAUCAGUGAGAACACACGCGGAAAUGAACUAAUGCUCGAGAGAUACCUCUCGAGCGAACACUGCUCUUUCCCAACGGGAGAAACCGGUUGUUUUUACUCUAUUCUUCUGGCAGAAAUGAGAGAAAAGUCAGCAAAAAAAAACAGGACCCAGGACAUGUGGACCAGGAUAACCCGCUGAACUAAAAACCAAGCUGGAGCAUCCUGAGCUUCUGACGGUUUUAUUUGAGAGGAUCGCGAGUUUUUAUUCUCAGGACGUGUAGGGCUCGAGUGCUCUAGCACGCGCGCGCGCGCGCACACACACAGACAGACACAGAGAGAGGUGUGUAUAUACAGAGACAAGGUCCAGGAGCUGUCACUGAGGAAGGAGAGAACCGACUGAAGCGAUGGAAACCAGAGUGUGAUCUGAUGGACUGGACUUGUAACAGCAGCUGGUGUGACGCUCACUGACUAAAGACUUCUUCAAGAUGAGAUGUCACUUGAAAAAACUUGUACAGACACUCGUUGGUCUGCUCAUCCUCACCUGCUUGUAUAUCUCCAUGAGGAGAGGACAAGAGACAGAACAAGAAACAGAACCCGUGGACAUCGCCAGGCUUAUUGGGAACUACAGCAGUGAAAAAUGCUCUCCGGAACUUCAACAAAAUACCCUGUGUCUCAGAGCUUCGGUUCGAGUGUUAGCAGGAGAUAUUCCGCCUCGGCAAAGGUUCCUCACCGUGGGUCUCUCUUCUGUGAAGAGGAAGAAAGAGAAUUAUCUUCUCCAAACCCUUCACUCCAUUUUCAAUCAGUCGUCAGAGGAGGAGCUUGCUGAGAUGGUGGUUGUGGUUCUUCUGGCUGAUUUUGACCUGAGAUGGGUUCAGCAAAUGCUAACCAGCAUUAUCAAGCUUUUUCCGAAAAGACUGAUCCAGGGUCAGCUUCUGGUAAUCCACGCCGACGAAGAAAAGUACCCUCCUCUGACAGGCCUGAAGAGGAACUUUAACGAUGCUCCGGAUCGCGUGACGUUCCGCUCCAAGCAGAACAUAGACUACGCCUUCCUGGUGGACUUCAGUGCCACGCUUUCCAAGUAUUAUCUCAUGCUGGAGGAUGACGUGAGCUGCUCUAAAGGAUUUUUGUCCUCCAUUCGAGGUUACAUUCGUUCAAAAGGAUCUUCCCCAUGGGUGACACUCGAGUUUUCCAAACUGGGAUAUAUCGGGAAACUGUACAGCUCCAAAGAGCUCCCUCGUCUGGCCCACUUCCUCUUUUUGUUUUACCAGGAAAUGCCUUGUGACUUUUUACUUUCACAUUUCCGCACUUUGCUAACUCAGGACAAGGUCAUCCGCUUUCGACCUUCCCUCUUCCAGCACAUGGGAACGUAUUCCUCUUUUCAGGGAACAUACAAUCGCCUCAAAGAUGAUGACUUCCACGAUAAUCCCGCUGAUAACCCCCCAGCCACUGUUUACACUGACAUUGGAAUUUUUGAAAACUACAAUCCAGACGAAGCUUACAGUCAAGGAGGGAGCUAUUUCUGGGGCAAGACCCCCAUAAAUGUAGGGAACUUCUUUCUCGUGGCUUUCGAGACACCGGUAAUCCUCUCGCGUAUCGUGAUUCAGACAGGGCUGAAAGGGAAUGACAUUCUUCAAUCUGCUGACGUGGAGCUCGGCGAAAAUGUGGUGGAAGCAACAGAUGGAGUGAAAUGCACAGAAAUUCACAAUUUAGGAGUCCUAAACAAGGGAUAUUUUGAGUUUGAAAACAUUCACCAGACAGUGAACAGAUCGGUAUCGUGUUUAAAUAUCAGAGUAGCUGCGAGUCAGUCAAAUUGGGUGAUCAUAAAAAACAUCCAGGUGUGGUUAAGGAAGUGAUGUAGGAUAUAUAUAUGACCCUAAAAUAAGAUCGAUUGCAUCAUUCCAUGAAUGCGGAAACGGAUGUGAUUCAACCAGGACCAAAUAUGUGCCUUUUGUGUUGGGGAGUUUUUCCAAAAUAUCCUAAGUAUCUAAUGAAAGUAGAUUUACAACUUGAUGGGACCCAAUUUUACUUAUAAGCUAUAAAAAGAAAUGAUAAAUCUAGCACCGCAUUGGGCAGACGUUGUAGAGGGAAGGGAAUUUGUUAAAAUGGUGGCCGUGGGGUAAACUUUAGAAUUUGAUGGAGGCGAGAAUGAACCAUGGCUCCUGUCAGCCCACAUUAUUGGUGAUGGGAAUAAAAAGAAUUUCUACUAUAGCUCUAGUCCGUUUCACUGAGGUAAACGAUCGCGAAGUUACUCCGCCUGUCUGCUCCCUUUGUUAAAACGUAAAGCUGUCAAAACAAUGAGUCGUUCUCGAGUUUCCCAGAAAGGGAACGAACGAUACAUAGAAAAAGAACGAUACAUGAUUGAUUCUUCGCCAACCUCCCCCACCCUCCCACAAGGUGACUACCCUGACGCAUAUUAUAUUACGCUGUUGAUACGGACUGUGUUUACACAAGAGAGACCGUGAAAUAUUAUCAUAGUUUGGACGUUUAAGGCUAUUUUCUUAUUGCAAAGGUGGGAAAUAUUUGUUCUUAUAAUGGAGUUUGUGUUGUGUUUGGUGAAAUGACCACUGGUGCAGUCAAACUGUACUCAGCAUGGUUUAUUGCUGAGAAUGAAGGGGAAAGUUAAGAUAAAGCGUCUACUCCAGAUUUUGGAGUUGGUGUGUAUCCGUCAAUCAUCGGGUCAAGUGUUUCGCUCUGGUUUGUCUUUUGGAAACACUUUAAUAUCUAAAUGAAAGAUUGUUCCUAGUCCGAGGGAACUUCCAUCAACUUAACAACACGGUGCUCAAAAUGAAUGAGGUAUAUUCUGUCAUUAAAUCAAGCUGCUGGUCACAUAAAACGAGGUGUAUACCAUAUGGUUCUUCGGUCGUGUGUUCAGAUAUGUUCUAGGAACACCGACGUCGCUUUCUGCACCCGUGGAUGUUCAUUUGAACAUGUUUUAUACACAAAACAAACGGGUUCACUUAAAAAGCCAGAGUAUUUCGAAGAAGGGACCAGUGAAAUGGAUGACACGCAUUUAAAAGUCAAUGCAAUUGGCAACAAAAGGUUAAGAUGGUAAAUGGUCUGCACUUAUAUAGCGCUUUAUUAACCUUAGCGGUUACAAAGCGCUUUACACUGGUUCUCAUUCAAACAUUCACUCACACACCAAUGGUAGCAGAGCUGCCGUGAAAGGUGCUAGCUUGCUAUCAGGAGCGACUUGGGGUUCAGUGUCAUGCUGGCUGGGAAUCGAACCACCAACCCUACGAUUAGUGGACAACCCGCUCCACCACCUGAGCCACAGCCGCCCCUAGAAACCCCUAGAGGCCCCAAGAAGCAAGUAGAAGUAGAAAGUUUUUGUUAUACCAGGACAAGACACAGAACCUAACAGGAUAUUGGUACUUUUAAGGGAAAUUAUCGAGCAUCUUUCUCAACUCCCCAAGCCAAAAAGUAUCAGAGGCACUGCCAGGAACGAGAGUUUGUGUUUCUAACUUUGACAGGUGGAAUGUAGAGAUUGCAGGAGAGAUGUCUUCUCAGGGUUCAAUGCUGUUUAUAACACGGGAGUUUACUUAAGUCAUAUGCCUUAGCCUACUGGACAGAAUCUACACUGGACAGAAUCUACACUGGACAGAAUCUACACUGGACAGUAUCUACACUGGACAGUAUCUACACUAUGCAGGUCUCUUAAGAUUGUUGCAGAACUCUGGGGAUAUACUUUUACGUUUGACACUUUUACACUCAUUUUUACAUUUCGACUCAUUUCAAGUUCUACGUUUUCUCGUUCUAUUGUCAGAUAAUCUUGCUAAUUUCUUUCAAGAAAGCAGCAAAACCAUCUGCCAGUAGAACAAGAACAUAUAGAGCUUGAAAUGAGUCAAACGACCUCUAGAAGUAGGUUUAAUAAUCUUAUAUUUGGUUAAUUGUAAUCUUAUAAUAGGAAAUACAAGAUCGAAUCUGAUUAUAUUCGAGAUGUUUUCCUUACCAAGAUACCAGUUUUUGCACUGUACUGUAUAUGCAUACCUGAAACCACAAUAAAUUCUCUACACAGUAGCUCUAUGGAAAAGCUUUGGUUUUGCCCAUGGUGCGUUUCUGAAAACUGGUUGAACUACUGUGAGAGGUUGUGUAUUUUUGCAUUCACUGCUGUUCAAGGGAAACGGCACGGCAAGAUGACGUUGUCGAAGGUUUUCCAGUCAAACGGAGAGACAAACCUAGCGAUGACAUUGUUUAUUCUAAACACCACUUUUCCUUUCUAUUUUGUCUACUCAGCAUCCAUACACUCUCAGAAAAUAAGGGUACUUAAACGCUCCUUUCCUAGUCUCUAGUGUGCUUCCCUCAAGCGUACCUUGAGUAUGGAUCUUUUACCUAGAACUGAGCAUGUAGUGUACCUUUAAAUCUUUACCCUAAAAACUAAUUGGUGUAUUUUAAAUCAUUUUUAAUGAGGUAGGUACACUACUGUAUGUCCAUGUUUCCAGGUGCAAGAUGUACGAUUGAUAGUUCCACCCCAAUGACGAGGAACGGUACUGUUUUUCCUGAGAGUGUUGUUGAAACAGUGUUCGAGAGGACCAAAACACUGAGACUGAACUUGGACAGGGUUCAGAAAUGUAUUUCAAUGCCUCCGAGUACUUCUUGAUCUUCUCUUCUCUUCACACAGUCACAGGAUGUGUUCCAAACCACAAAUUACUGUUGUGUCAAAAUGUGUGUGUGUGUGUUUGGGGGGUGCGAGGCGCCUCUGACACAAAUCUCAUUUUACUGUACAAGCUAACACCACAUUCAGUUACCAUAAUUGGUGUACAGUUACAAAGAGGUAAACUAUGUCUCUAGAGGUUUGUUCUGCGUGACCUUGGAUUAACAGAUUUAUUGAACACGCUGAGCCUUAGGAAAGCUAAUGGCUGAGUAAACAGCUCAGGUGUCCAUGGUAACACACAAGGUGAUAGCGCACAGCAGGUGUUUUGUUCCUCCAGGUGUUUGUCGGAGAGCUCAGCUUGUAAACACACACACACACACACAGUAUACCUGCUGCUCUCUUGUGGGAAGACCUGACAAUGUUUGAUUUGCGGUGCCAAGGAGAUAUUAGUGACGUAGUCCAAGGAUCUUGUGACUUAUUUUUGAAAAAUAAGUUGUGUCUCUAGGGAAGCCUUAAAGGUCCUAUCUAGUACCCUUCAAUAAUGUUUUGUGUUUUUGUAGUCAUCAGACUACUAUUUUUGGAGAGUAAGGACUCAUUAUUAGCUAAUGAGCCCUUAAAAAACAAUCGAAGAACCCCAUUUCUAUAGGUGUCUGGAUAAAGAGGGCAUGCAGAGGGCAAGAGGGCACACAGGGACUAAUAUAUACACACACACACCAUAACACCAUUUCCUGUCAUGUUCUGGUGUGCCUAUCAUCCAUUAACCAUUGUCUUAUCUUAUCAAUUAAAGCCGCAUUUCCACCGAAAUUACCUGGAACAAUUAGUCCCAGGAACUUUCUUCUAGCUACCAUUUGCUUCCUCCAGACCUUCAUUGUCUGUGUUUCCAUCGCGGUCUAAAGUAAUGUGAAGAUUAGAUAAAUUAGUCAGGUGACGUACAGUAUGACUGCACGACAGGCCCUUGGCGAGGAUAUGAAGCCUCGAAGUAUGCUACAAUCAAACUGAUUAUUGACACAAAGUAAGCUGAUUUUAAUGAUGAAAUGAUGUAAAAUGUUUGCUCGGCUUAUAAGAACACGUAGCAGGCUCUGAUUGGAACAAAAAAAAACCUUUGAAUAGUAACAAAAGCGUUUGCUGUAAAUAAACCGGUGGUCUAAUGGUUAGGAUUGGGCGUGGUCAUUGGUGCGGCCCGGGUUAGAUUCCCGGUCACGGGAAUCAAGGUUCGUGUUUUAAAACUGUAAAAAAACGGACAGUCUAUUUUCUGAAAUCUGAUAACGACACUGCAACAACAACAACAAGCAUGGAGGAGAUUCGUUGUGUUGAUUCGAAUCGCAAUAAACGAUUGUUAAUGUACGCAGCGCAACAGACUUUUAAAAAAUGGUUGAAAAAAAAUGCUGCGUGAACUCAACCAAUCAGCAUGUUCAGCGCCCAAGUCCCACCCCCCAAAGGUCCUGAACUUUGAAAAAAGAACCACUUACCUAGAAGGGACUUCCUGAGGGGGAAAUAUUUUACCGGAACUUACAUUACACCCUGGUCCCUGCAGUGGAAACACACCAAGUACCUUGAAAAAGUCCCUAGUUCCUGCGGAAAGUUCCUGCGGUGGAAACGUGGUUUAAGUCAUUGUUCACAAAACCAAAAUCUGUAAAUGAUCCACUUCAGAUAACAGUGAACAUGUAAAUAUUGUCCAGAUUUGAUCUAUUCUUAUUAUUGCAAUGAAUUAGUAUUACAGAAUUAGUUAAGUAUCACAGUAUUAUAAAACAUAUAAAGAUGUACAUUUUAUUCAAACCCACCAGCCUGACAGCUGUAUUUUAAAGCAGUGGCUUUUAUUUAGCAUUAUUAUGAAUUAAACCUUCAGCAUGGAGCUGCUAGGUCUGUUGGAUGAGUUAUGAUGAGUUACUGAGUGCUGCAUGUCAUUACUGUUACCAUGGUAUUAAUAAUACUAUCUUGGGGUAAUGUAAAUACAUGUAAAUCAUUGGAGUCCAGCCACAGGACAAAAUGCGGCUUGCCGACAGAUGUAAACUGAUAGGAGGCCCGUCAACCAACACGGUACUAUUUUUCCUUUCACCUGACUAGGGUGCCUAGCAGACUGUGCUAACACCGUUAGCUAAAAUGUGAGAGCCUACACCUGCAAAUAUAUUUACAGAAUGCUGUUUAGUCCUGUCUACAGACAAAAAGCGCAAAGAUAGCAGUGCAAUUUCCAUAGAGCUGAGUGAAUGACAGUGUGCUCUCGAGCUGGCAUGGAUGCCACGAGUUUGUGCAAAAGCUUACGAUCCAUUCUAGGUCAAAUCCAUCGGAGUGUCGUCUGAACACCUGCUUCAAUCGAACUGAUUAGUCUCAUUUGACACUGCUGUCUCAUUUGUUUAUGGAGACUUUGGGUGUGUGUGUGUUUGGGGGAUCGUGAGAGUAAGCAGAACAUGCCAAUGCUUUGAAGGAUGCGAACUGGAACAGAGUAAUGUUAUUUAAUUGCGAAUCUGUUUUUAGAGGAUUUAAACCUAACAUGGUGAACAAGUUAUAUGAUAGAAUUCAGGCGAUUUUACUGGGGUUAUCUCAUACAGUGUAGCAAGUAAUAAUCUGGAAAGACCUUUGUAAUAGUCUAAAACUUAGACUUUGUAAAAGUCUAAAACUGGAUUUAAAGAGGAGCAAGUUAGUAAAUGAAUCACAUGUAAAUGAAUCAUACGGAAAUGAAUCACAUGAAAAUGAAUCACAUGUAAAUGAAUCACAUGAAUAUGAAUCACAUGAAAAUGAAUCACAUGUAAAUGAAUCAUAUGAAAAUGAAUAAAUAAAUUAAAGACAAGAGUAAAAUUUUAAAAAAACCAAAAACAACUGAUUAGACAUGAAGAACGUCUGACCUUUUGUACAUAGCAGUUACCACGGUCAAUAUCACACAUAUGCUUGUAUUUGAGUAGGAACCUAGAAACAGUGCAGAAUCUUCAAUAUUAAAUAUUUGAGACAUCGAACAUCCACUUUCUUUGUUUUAUGGGUUUCAAAAUUCUAAAACCUUCUGUUUAUUUACAAUUUUAUACCGAUCAGCCAUAACAUUAAAACCACUGACAGGUAACGUGAA